AUGAGCACGUCCGCUGCCCCUGUGCCGGAUCCACAUACUGCCGAAGGAGCUUCCAAGCCCCAAGCUCCUCGGCCUCCAUCUCGAUACCAGCAAAACCUCAAGAAAUACGGCAACCCCCUCCCCCUCCGGCUGUUGGACGCUCCCCUCGAAGGCCCUGCCCCUUCCCCGUCUUACCUCACCUCCAUCACCCCCUCGUUCCUCCGGCACCGACGCAUCGACGUGCCGAGCUGUACUGGGACGUAUGACGCCCUGACGCGUUCAGUAUGGGUGACGAAGCGGGACGAUAUGGAGAUGCUGUUUUGUCGUGGAUUCUUUGGGAAGGGGACGUUGAGUCGGUCCGAGGCGACGUGGAAGGACAGGCGGGUGGAUAUGGUCAAAGGCGGAAACUCUGUACUGGCAGAGCAAAUCCGGGCGAAACGGCGUCUCGACCGAAAACAGUUCAAAGUGGACCGAGCGGCCGCCAUGCUCGACGCUGCCAAAGCUGCCGAGGCGGUUCUUACGCAAGGUCAGACACCCGGGGACGAAUCAGCAGAGCAGGCAGAAGGGAGUCAAGCGUCCGGGAUCGACGUGACGACCCUCACGGCGCAGACCUUCCUCGUUAGGCCGACUCGGCCGGAUGCGAACCGGAAUAGAGGGAGGAAGCCGUUCAAGCGGCGGCCACCUGUGCCUGCUGGACAGGCUGGAGCGGUGGACUCGAGCGCAAAGCCACAGCCGAGGGUGUAUGUGCCUCCGCCAGCGCCAGUGGAGGAGGACGACGACGGAAGCGAGGAGGACCCGUUCGAUGAGGAUCUGGUGCCGGAGAUGGAGCAUCUGCAAUUGGGGCUGGAGGAGGCUUGGUUCCUCGCUGCCGGGCUGGGUGUGCUGAAAAUACUGGAUCCACAAACACAAACAUAUCCACCCCUGCCCACCCUCCUUGCCCUCUUCCUCACUCCUCCAACCCCGUCACUCCGCUCGCCCACCCUCUCCACACCACUACACGUGGAUGACCCCUUCCUCGUCUCCUACGUCGCAUACCACCACUUCCGCUCCCUCGGCUGGGUCGUUAAACCCGGUAUCAAGUUCUGCUGCGACUGGCUCCUGUACAAGCGCGGUCCCGUAUUCUCCCAUUCGGCCUUCUCAAUCGCACUCGUCCCCGUCUAUGGUGAUCUGGAGGAUAAGGAGACGUCGCCAUAUGGCGGCGAGGACUGGUAUGAAGAGAGGCAGAGCUGGAAGUGGAUCAACACGGUCAUGAGGGUCAACUCGCUCGUCCAGAAGACGGUGAUCAUGGUAUAUGUCACUAUUCCCGCCAAGAGCUCCAUCCCGGCCAGGCUGACAUUGGUGGAUGGGUCGAUCGAUCCAGUCAAGGUGAAUACGCGGAUGCUAUUGGAGAUGUACUCGAUCCGGGAGGUCUCGCUGACCCGCUUCAGUGCCGCUCGUCGCAGGGACUGA